AUGAGUGCUCCGCUCAUCCGAGUAAGUCGGAAACGUACCGCUGAUCCUCACGAAGCUCUGAUUUUGCAUACUAAACGAGCAAAGCAAGCAGCUCCUUUGGUGUUCACACUUUUCAAAGCUGCAGCUAGUGGGACCGAUGAGGAAUUAACUGGCGCCCGUGUUGUUGAUCUUCCUAGAGUGGAAAAUCGAAUGGAAGAUGAAAGAUUAGUCGGGGAAUCAUCAGAAAACCCACUUGGAUUCGUAAAAGAUGAAGCAGUCGGAUUGGUCGGAGAGGUUGAAAAGCAACAGAAAGCAGAAGAAAACGUACAAGUCUCGCUCAACGGACGCCUAUUACUACCAGUCACUAACUCUGAAUCAGCUUCAGCUCAGGAUGAUGUCGUUUACGACUACUAUGCUAUUCACGAAAAACCAGGAAACGCAGGAAUUGUAGGCGGUGAUUCCGCGAACUGGGAAGCAGAUAUCGAAGGUGCUGACGUUCGUUUUGCAAAUCGUGACGAAUUAGACUUGGGAGACGACGACGACUCGGAUGGACCACCUGCAGAUGAUGAAGAUGAUUCAAAUGACGAAGAUAACUGGCGGAAUGAUUAUCCAGAUGAAGACUCGUACGAUGAGGAUAGCGACCAUGGGGACCCGUAUGGAAUGUUGGAGCCUGGCCGUUGGCAUGUUGGUGAGGAGUAUGCAGACGAAAGUUUCAAUAGACGUCUGCAAAACAUGGAUCUUAACGAAGAACGUUACGAGUCGUAUUUUGAGGGGGAAGACACCGAUGACGAUGGCGAAUAA